CUACACUCUCCUUUCGUUCUCCACAUUCCAUCAACCCACCAGAAAGUAUCAAACUCCUUAUCCACCACAUCAAUAACAACAACAACAAACAAUGGUAGGUUUCGAACUCGGUUCCGUCCCCUUCAAUUCCGACGGAUGGGGUCCACCAGAUUCCUCAAUCUCCGUUCCAAAGCAAAUCUCCAACGCCCCAUUCGCUCCUUUCUCUCGCUCCGACAAACUGGGUCGGAUCGCUGACUGGACCCGUUCCCUCUCUAACCGACCCGGCUCCAACUCCAAACAAAACCCAACCGACACCGCUUUCGAUUUCUCCGGUGAUGACUCAUUCGCUACGCUCGCUGCUGAUGAAGACUCUUCUUUCCGUUUAGUCGACACGUCAGCUAAAUCACAUCAUCACGGUGGACCCCACCGCCCGAAAUUCAAUCCUAGGUGGCGGUUUAAUCCUCAUCAUAAUCGCUCUCAGUUGCCUCAACGGAGAGAUGAAGAAGUUGAAGCGAAAAAGAGAGAACAAGAGAAAGAAAGAGCGAGAAGAGAUCGAUUGUAUAAUCUUAAUAGGUCAGGUACUAAUGCUGGUCAAAGAAGAGAGUCUUCGGUUUUUAAGUCAUCUGUUGAUAUUCAACCUGAAUGGAAUAUGCUUGAUCAGAUACCUUUUUCGACGUUCUCGAAGCUUUCUUUCACUGUAUCAGAGCCUGAGGAUUUGUUGAUUUGUGGUGGGUUGGAGUUUUAUGACAGGUCUUAUGAUAGGAUUACACCGAAGAAUGAACGUCGUUUGGAGAGGUUUAAGAAUAAGAAUUUCUUUAAAGUUACUACUACUGAUGAUCCUGUUAUUCGUCGUUUAGCUAAUGAGGAUAAAGCUACUGUUUUCGCAACCGAUACGAUUUUGUCUACUUUAAUGUGUGCUCCUAGGAGUGUUUAUUCGUGGGAUAUUGUUGUUCAGCGUGUUGGGAAUAAGUUGUUUUUCGAUAAGCGUGAUGGGUCACAGCUGGAUUUGCUGUCCGUGCAUGAAACUUCACAAGAACCAUUGCCUGAUGUGAAGGAUGAUAUUAAUUCAGCUCAUUCGUUGAGUGUUGAGGCGGCUUAUAUUAAUCAGAAUUUCUCGCAACAGGUGUUGAUGAGAGAUGGGAAGAAGUUGAGUUAUGAUGAGCCAAACCCGUUUGCAACUGAAGGGGAAGAAGCGGCAUCGGUUGCUUAUCGAUACAGGAGGUGGAAGUUGGAUAACGAUACGUAUUUGGUUGCGCGAUGUGAAGUGCAGAGUGUAGCUGAAGUGAACAAUCAGAGAUCAUUCUUGACUUUGAAUGCGUUGAACGAGUUUGAUCCGAAGUACUCUGGGGUUGAUUGGAGGCAGAAGCUUGAGACACAAAGGGGUGCUGUGUUAGCUACCGAGUUAAAGAAUAACGCGAAUAAACUCGCGAAGUGGACUGCACAAUCACUGUUAGCUAAUGCUGAUAUGAUGAAGUUGGGUUACGUAUCAAGAGUUCAUCCUAGGGAUCAUUUUAACCAUGUGAUAUUAGCUGUUGUAGGAUACAAGCCUAAGGACUUUGCUACACAAAUCAAUUUGAACACAUCAAACAUGUGGGGUAUUGUGAAGAGUAUUGUGGACUUGUGUAUGAAGUUGAAUGAAGGGAAAUAUGUGCUUGUUAAGGACCCAACUAAGCCACAGGUUAGAAUUUAUGAGGUCCCACCAGAUGCAUUUGAGAAUGAUUAUGUUGAGGAGCCAUUGCCAGAAGAUGAACAGGUUCAGCCUCCUACAGAGGAUGCACAAGGUGCAGAGGCAAAUGGGGCUGCAAAUGAAGUAGUAGAGGAAAAGGAGGUUACUGCUGCUGCAUAAGGGUAAUCUGUUACUGCACUUGGAUUAUUAUUCUUACUCUCAAUAUUAAUUUCCUGCUGUUGUAGUUUUAAGAGUAAUUGCUAUUUUAAUUUUACAAUAAUUGUUUUUUGAUGA